GCUCACUUCCCGAGAUGUCCGCCGUGUCGUACCUCCUGCUCGCUGUCGGUGCCGCCGUAGCCGUCCCGGCGGCGGCCUACGUGCCCUCCGACCACGACGUCCGAGGUCUCGAGUCCGAAAUGCAACCACAGCCGCAGCCGCAGCUCCUGAUCUACUUCCCCAAGACGACGGAGAUCGGCUGCUUCGAAGGCGAACAACCGCCCUCCGGAAGCAGAGGCGUCUUCUUCCAGCUGGACAGGCUGCUGGGCCUCGACUACACGUGCAAGUUCAUCACGUACAACAUGCGCGACUACCGCGGCACCACGGACGCGUACCGCUUCCGCCGGCUGGUGUCCAUGUACCCGGAGAUCGUGAGGCCGAACCGCAAGCUGCAGUGCGACGCCAGCUCCGGCGACCUGGAGGAGCCGCAGGGUGCCGAGUUCGUGAUCCUGCGCGACGGCGUGAGGAGGAGGUGCCGCAUGGUGGCCGAAGCCGACUCGCGCGCAGACGCCGGCAAGCUGCAGCUGCUCGAGGGCUACAAGCGCCUGCCGGGCGGCGCGCUGCUGCUGCGCGCCUGGUACGACCUGCCGCCGCUGUCCAGGAGCCGCGGGCUCGGCCGCAGCCGCAGCCGCUACGGCAGGUCCCCACAGCUGUCCAGGGCUCAGGAGGCGGCCAGAAGGCAAGACAGCGCUGCGGCGGCUGUAGCCAGGAUUCAUGCAGAGACUCAGAGGAGGAAGCUCAACGGCGGACGCGGCUAGUGGGACCAGCCCCGCAAGAUGCGCGGGGACCAGCCAGGAUUUCUCAUCAACAGGCAACAUCGGAGAAAAUCCUCAAUUCGCACAAUAUGUCUGGAUAUUUUCCCAGUUUGGUGUCAUACUGAAGUCCAUAAAGAGAGGAAAUGAGUCUAUGAUCUGAAGAGCAAUUCGUUUUAUUGUCUUCAUGUGAAGAGUCCAACAAAACAGAAAACCAAAAUUUUAUAUUUGUGUAGUAACAAUAAAAAAUUUAAACUACAAAA